UAUAUAAGAGUUUAAGAGUUCAGAUGAUGUUGUCCUACUGGUCAGAGGCUGGCUGCACAUAUUGAUACCAAGCUCCAUUCAAGAUGGGGUUUGGUAGAGGACCCAGGAUACCAUUAUGGGUUGUAAUUCUAGUGAUCUGCUGUAUCCAACAGAAAGUUUCAAGUGCAGAAGAUGUACCUGAAAGAGUCACCAUCCUCCCACCAUUGCAAACAGUGCCUGUUAUAUCAUCCUUCCACUCAGCUCAUAAUGGACGGGUCUGCAGCACAUGGGGUACUUUUCACUACAAGACAUUUGAUGGUGACAUCUAUAAUUUUCCUGGGGUCUGCAAAUACGUAUUUGCUUCCCAUUGCAAUGCACCAUUUGAGGACUUCAACAUACAACUUAGACACCAAAGAGUUGGGAACACCUCUACUAUUAGCUAUGUCACCGUGAAGCUGGAUGGAACAGAUUUUAAAAUAGAAAAGGAUCAAAUUUUGGUAAAUGGCAAACGGAUUCACUUACCUUACAAUGGACCUGGAUUUGAAAUAGAGCAUUUUUUCAACUAUAUUAAAGUGGAUAGUAAGAUGGGCUUAACCCUAAUGUGGAAUAAAGAUGACAGUGUAAUGCUGGAACUUGAUAUAAAAUAUGCCAAUCACACCUGUGGACUUUGUGGAGAUUUUAACGGCAUUCCCAAGUACAAAGAAUUUUAUUUCGACAAUACCCCCAUAACAGACUUCCAGUUUGGGAAUCAAUGGAAGAAGAAUGAUCCAACAGAAGAUUGUGAGGAUCCCAUACCUCCUUCUCAGAAGAACUGCAUUGAUGAAUAUGAUAUUUGUCGGAAAACACUAACUGGUUCUGCAUUUUCUGAAUGUAAUGAUAUUGUGGGGGUGAAAAGCUACAUUGAUGCUUGUGUACAUGACCUGUGUCUCUGUGAUGAAGUUGAAAAAUCCUCCUGUCUCUGUGACACUUUCUCUGAAUAUUCUCGACAAUGUGCUCACGCCGGUGGCCGACCUCAACAAUGGAGAAGCGCAGAACUAUGCCCAAUAACAUGCCAGUUGGAUAUGCAGUAUCAAGAAUGUGGAUCACCUUGUGCAAAUACUUGUACUAAUUCUGAAAGAUCUCAUGUCUGUGAAGAUCACUGCAUAGAUGGCUGCUUUUGUCCACCUGGAACUGUUUUUGAUGACAUCAACGGCAAAAGCUGCAUCCCCUUUGAUCAAUGUUCCUGCAUUUACAAUGGAGAAUCCUAUGCUCCGGGGAUGACAUAUUUAGCUCCGUGCCGUUCUUGUGUCUGCAGUGGUGGCGAGUGGAAUUGCACAGAGCUUCCUUGUCCUGGUAUUUGCUCAAUAGAAGGAGGAUCACAUAUCUCCACCUAUGAUGAAGUGUGGUAUAAUUUCCAUGGAAAGUGUAAUUAUAUUUUUACCAAGAUUUGUGAUGAAGAAACCUUUACUGUUCUUGGAGAUCUUGGGCCAUGUGGCCUCACAGAAUUUGAGAGCUGCUUAAAAAUGGUGGCUCUUACCAUCAAUGGAGGAGAAACUUUUGCUGCAAUCAACCGCAAAGGCAAAGUAAUUGUUAAUGGGAUGUCUGCUCAGCUGCCUAUCUCAGUAGCUAAUGUAACGAUCUUACAGCCUUCAAAUUCCUUCAUCGUUCUGGAAACAAAUUUCGGGCUUCAGAUAGUGAUCCAGAUUAUUCCCUUGCUACAGAUAAACAUUUAUCUGGAUCCAUCUUUCCAAGGGAGAAUGUGUGGUCUCUGUGGCAACUUUAACCAUAACCAGAGAGAUGACUUCAAAACCCUAAAUGGAUUGAUAGAAGGAACAGCAACUGCAUUUGCUAAUACCUGGAAAACUCAAGCUGCCUGUGACAACAUUAAACAGGAUUUUAAUGACCCUUGCACCCAGAGCAUUGAAAAUGAAAAAUAUGCCCGUCAUUGGUGUGGACUCCUGACUGAUCCUGAAGGACCUUUUGCUAAAUGCCACCUCAUAGUGAAUCCAAAGGCUUAUCAUACGAACUGUAUGUUUGAUGCCUGCGCUUGUGAGAAAAGUGAGAAUUGCAUGUGUGCUGCCCUCUCUUCCUAUGUCAGAGCAUGCAGAACCAAAGGAAUUGAACUUGCAGGAUGGAGAACCAGUGCUUGCUCCAAAUACACUACUUCAUGUGCCAGAUCCCUGAAUUAUAGCUAUGAAAUUAGCUCUUGUGAACCUACUUGCCGAUCACUGAGUGAACCUGAUAUUACAUGCCACAUCAAAUUUGUCCCAGUUGAUGGCUGUACAUGUGAAAAUGGAACUUACAUGGAUGAUUCUGGAAUAUGUGUGCCCGCUAACAAAUGCCCCUGUUAUUACAAAGGCAUAGCCAUGCUCCCUGGUGAAGUUUACCAUGAGUUUGGCGUUGCAUGUACUUGUAAUCAAGGAAAAUUAAACUGCUACGGUGACGGAGACUCCAAGCAAGAUUGUACCGCUCCAAUGGUUUACUUUGACUGCAGAAAUGCCACCACUGACAGCAAAGGGGCUGGAUGUCAGAAGAGCUGUCAGACUCUUGAUACACAUUGUUACAGUCCACAGUGUGUUUCUGGUUGCAUAUGUCCACACGGACUAGUAUCAGAUGGGAAAGGCAGCUGUAUUCCUGUAGAAGAAUGCCCAUGUAUUCACAAUGAUGCUACAUAUCAGCCUGGAGAAAAGAUCAAAGUUGAUUGUAACACUUGUAUAUGUCAGAACAGGAUGUGGAAAUGUACCAUGGAGACAUGCCUAUCAACCUGUGCUAUUUAUGGAGAUGGACAUUAUAUCACCUUUGAUGACAAGCGUUAUAUUUUCAAUGGGCAAUGUGAAUAUACACUCUUGCAGGAUUAUUGUGGCCAGAACAGUUCCACCCAGGGGUCAUUCCGAAUCAUCAGUGAAAAUAUUCCUUGUGGCACCACUGGCACCACUUGUUCUAAAUCUAUUAAAGUGUUCUUCAAAAACUAUGAACUGAUACUUACCGAAGAGCAGUAUAAAGUAGUAAAAAGAGAGAGUGGAGGUCACAUACCAUAUAGAAUUCACCAAAUGGGCAUCUACCUGAUGAUUGAGAUUCAGAAAGGACUAAUUGUCUUAUGGGACAAGAGAACAACCGUAUUUAUCAAGCUCAGUGCAGAAUUCAAGGGUGAGGUCUGUGGAUUGUGUGGGAACUAUGAUGGAAAUGGAGUUAAUGACUUUACAACUCGGAGUCGAUCUGUAGUAGGUGAUGUAUUGGAGUUUGGAAACAGUUGGAAGGUAUCACCCACAUGUCCCGAUGCCAAAUGUGUCAAGGAUCCUUGCUCCAAGAAUCCUUAUAGGAAAGGUUGGUCACAGAAGAAGUGCAGCAUCAUCAACAGCGAAGUCUUUGCCGCCUGCCAUUCUCAGGUGGAACCAACUAAAUACUAUGAAGCCUGUGUGACCGAUGCCUGUGCUUGUGAUACUGGGGGAGACUGUGAAUGUUUCUGUACAGCUGUUGCUGCAUAUGCUAAAAUAUGUAGUGAUCAUGGAGUAUGUGUAUCAUGGAGGACGCCAUCAAUUUGUCCUAUGUUUUGUGAUUACUACAACAAUGAAGGUGAAUGUGAAUGGCACUACAAACCUUGUGGAGCCCCAUGCAUGAAGACCUGUAGGAAUCCAAGUGGGAGGUGUGCUUAUCAUUUACCUGGCUUGGAAGGCUGCUAUCCACAUUGCCCAGCAGAUAAGCCUUAUUUCAGCGAGGAUGAGAUGCAAUGUGUUAGCAUUUGUGGCUGUUAUGAUAAUAAGGGUAACUAUCAUCAGUUAGGAAAAACCUUUACUACUGGAGAGAUGUGUCAGUCAUGUAAAUGUACCAGCGAAGGCAUUAUUAGCUGUGAAUAUGAUACUAAAGCUUGCUACUGCUACUACGAAGGAAAGAGGUAUAACUACAAGGAAGUCAUUUACAACACCACGGAUGGCUUAGGUUCGUGUAUCACUGCAAUUUGUGACAUCAAUGGAACAAUCAAUAGAGAAGUCUACAAAUGUGCUGGAAUUACCACAAAACCACCAUUUCAAUUCACAACAUCAAGUGCAACAGAAUCAAUUCCAACAAGAACAACAAUGUGUGUGCACAAAGUUUGUAGAUGGAUGGGUUGGUAUGAUCUUAGCUAUCCAUCAUAUGAAAUUACCAAUGGAGAGUAUGAAACACCAGAAAUCAUAAGAGCCAAAGGACAUAAUCUUUGCAAACUUCCAGAUAAAGUGGAAUGCAGAGCAAAAGAACUUCCCAAUGAAACAUUGCAUUCUCUCAAUCAAAAUGUAACAUGCACACCAACUGAUGGUUUGAUCUGCAAUAACAAGGAUCAGACUCCACCAAUGUGCUACAAUUUUGAGGUCAGAUUCUCCUGCUGCAAUUUUGAACCAUGUGGUCCAUUGACAUCAACAUCUGCUACUAAGACUACUGCAGAAACAACACCAGUUACUGAAACAAAAACAUCACCCCCUUACAUACCUCAAUCUAGCACUCCACUUGUCAUUGGGACUACUUCCCAGCCUUCUACACUAAGUUUAAUUCAGCCCACAUCCACAUCUUGCCAUCCUAAAUGCCAAUGGACCCAAUGGUUUGAUGACCACAAUCCAAACACUAGCCCUGAUGGUGAUUUUGAGCGCUUUGAAGACAUACGAGCACGUGGACUGGUUUGUGAGCAUCCCAAAGACAUUAAAUGCCAAGCAAAGGACUAUGUGCACACUAGGAAUCCUGCCCCUGCGCAGAAUUUCCAGUGCAACCUAGAGGUUGGACUAGUGUGUGAACAUGAAAAACAAAAACAGAAACCAUAUAAAUGUGUCAACUACCAGGUACAAUUCCUGUGUUGUGAUUAUAGCCAUUGCCAAACAGUCACAACAGCAGUAACAACAGGAAAGCAAACAACCACAACCCUUCCUACUCCACCAUCAACACGACCAGUCACCUCUGGCAUUAUCUCCACUGCAUUGACUACCAGUCCAAGCACACCCCUAGUAUCCACAAGUACAGCAGUAACAACAGGAAAGCAAACAACCACUACCACUUCUACUCCACUGUCAAAACUUGUCUCCACCAGUGCUGAAGUAACAACAGGAAAACAAACAACCACAGCUCUUCCUACUCCACCAUCAACACGACUAGUCACCUCUGGAAUUAUCUCCACUGUUCCGAUCAUCACCCAAAGGACCACCUCGUUGUCCACAAAUGCAGAAGUAACAACAAGAAAGCAGAUAACCACAACUCUUUCUACUCCAUUGUCAACUCUUGUGUCCACAACAUCAAUGCCUAUUACUACUACCACUGCAGAGACAAUGCCAUCUACCGAAACAAAAACAUCACCCUCUCAAUCUAGCACUCCACUUGUUAUUGUGACCACUCAUCCUACUUCCCAGCCUUCUACACCAAGUUCAAUUCAAUCCACAUCCAAAUCUUGCCAACCUAAAUGCCAAUGGACCCAAUGGUUUGAUGACCACAAUCCAAACACUAGCCCUGAUGGUGAUUUUGAGCGCUUUGAAGACAUACGAGCACGUGGACUGGUUUGUGAGCAUCCCAAAGACAUUAAAUGCCAAGCAAAGGACUAUGCACACACUAAGAAUCCUGCCCCGAUGCAGAAUUUCCAAUGCAAUCUAGAGGUUGGACUAGUGUGUGAACAUAAAAAACAAAAACAGAAACCAUAUAAAUGUGUCAACUACCAGGUGCAAUUCCUUUGUUGUGAUUAUAGCCAUUGCCAAACAGUCACAACAGCAGUAACUGCCAAACCUACAUCAGCCAAAAUUCUAUACUCUUCCACAACAUCCAGUGCAUCCACGCUACCACAUACAAUAUUAACCACCAGUCCAAGCACACCCCCGGUAAGCACAAGUACAGCAGUAACAACAGGAAAGCCAACAACCACAACCCUUCCUACUCCACCAUCAACAAGACUAGUCACCUCUGGAAUUAUCUCCACUGCAUCGAUCACCAGUCCAAGUACACCCCUAGUAUCCACAAGUACAGCAGUAACAACAGGAAAGCAAACAACCACUACCAUUUCUACUCCACUGUCAACACUUGUCUCCACCAGUGCAGAAGUAACAACAGGAAAACAAACAACCACAACUCUUCCUACUCCACAAUCAACACGACUAGUCACCUCUGGAAUUAUUUCCACUGCAUCAACCACCAGUCCAAGCACACCCCUAGUAACCACAAGUACAGCAGUAACAACAGGAAAGGAAACAACCACUACCCUUCCUACUCCACCAUCAACACGACCAAUCACCUCUGGAAUUAUCUCCACUGCAUUGACCACCAGUCCAAGCACACCCCUAGUAUCCACAAGUACAGCAGUAAUAACAGGAAAGCAAACAACCACAGCCCUUCCUACUCCAUCAUCAACACGACCAGUCACCUCUGGAAUUAUCUCCACUGCUCCAAUCGUCACCCAAAGUACCACCUCGUUGUCCACAAAUGCAGAAGUAACAACAAGAAAGCAGAUAACCACAACUCUUUCUACUCCAUUGUCAACUCUUGUGUCCACAACAUCAAUGCCUAUUACUACUACCACUGCAGAGACAAUGCCAUCUACCGAAACAAAAACAUCACCCCCUCAAUCUAACACUCCACUUGUUAUUGUGAUGACUCGUCCUACUUCCCAGCCUUCUACACAAAGUUCAGUUCAAUCCACAUUCAAAUCUUGCCAACCUAAAUGCCAAUGGACCCAAUGGUUUGAUGACCACAAUCCAAACACUAGCCCUGAUGGUGAUUUUGAGCGCUUUGAAGACAUACGAGCACGUGGACUGGUUUGUGAGCAUCCCAAAGACAUUAAAUGCCAGGCAAAGGACUAUGCACACACUAGGAAUCCUGCCCCGGCACAGAAUUUCCAGUGCAAUCUAGAGGUUGGACUAGUGUGUGAACAUGAAAAACAGAAACAGAAACCAUAUAAAUGUGUCAACUACCAGGUGCAAUUCCUGUGUUGUGAUUAUAGCCAUUGCCAAACAGUCACAACAGCAGUAACUGCCAAACCUACAUCAGCCAAAAUUCUAUACUCUUCCACAACAUCCAGUGCAUCCAUGCUACCACAUACAAUAUUAACCACCAGUCCAAGCACACCCCCGGUAAGUACAAGUACAGCAGUAACAACAGGAAAGCAAACAACCACAACCCUUCCUGCUCCACCAUCAACACGACCAGUCACCUCUGGAAUUAUCUCCACUGCAUCGACCACCAGUCCAAGUACACCCCUAGUAUCCACAAGUACAGCAGUAACAACAGGAAAGCAAAAAACCACUACCCUUCCUGCUCCACCAUCAACACGAACAGUCACCUCUGGAAUUAUCUCCACUGCAUCGACCACCAGUCCAAGUACACCCCUAGUAUCCACAAGUACAGCAGUAACAACAGGAAAGCAAACAACCACAACCCUUCCUAUUCCACCAUCAACACGACCAGUCACCUCUGGAAUUAUCUCCACUGCAUCGACCACCAGUCCAAGUACACCCCUAGUAUCCACAAGUACAGCAGUAACAACAGGAAAGCAAACAACCACAACCCUUCCUAUUCCACCAUCAACACGACCAGUCACCUCUGGAAUUAUCUCCACUGUAUCGACCACCAGUCCAAGCACACCCCUAGUAUCCACAAGUACAGCAGUAACAACAGGAAAGCAAACAACCACUAUCAUUUCUACUCCACUGUCAACACUUGUCUCCACCAGUGCAGAAGUAACAACAGGAAAGCAAACAACCACAACCCUUCCUGCUCCACCAUCAACACGACCAAUCACCUCUGGCAUUAUCUCCACUGCAUCGACCACCAGUCCAAGCACACCCCUAGUACCCACAAGUACAGCAGUAACAACAGGAAAACAAACAACUACUACUUUUUCUACUCCAUUGUCAACACUUGUCUCGACCACUGCCAGAAUAACAACAGGAAAGCAAAGAACCACAGCCCUUCCCACUCCACCAUCAACACGACUAGUCACAUCUGGAAUUAUCUCCACUGCAUCGACCACCAGUCCAAGCACACCUGUAGUAUCCAUAAGUACAACAGUAACAAAAGGAAAGCAAACAACUAUAACCCUUCCUGCUCCACCAUCAACACGACCAAUCACCUCUGGAAUUAUGUCCACUCUAUCGACCACCAGUCCAAGCAUACACCUAGUAUCCACAAGUACAGCAAUAACAACAGGAAAGCAAACAACAACUAUCCUUUCUCCUCCACUGUCAACACUUGUCUCCACCAGUGCAGGCCUAUCAACUGUAUCAGGCUCCACACUAGCAACUACCUUAAGCAGAGUAACUCCAUGUUUCUGCCAUGUAUCUGGAACUCCUGAUUCUUUAUUUUCUCCUGGGGAAGUAAUAUAUAAUACAACUGAUCAUUCUGGAUGCCGUUUUAUUGCAAUCUGUGAUGCAAAUUGUGAAAUUAAGAGGAAUCCGGUAUUGUGCCCUACAACAACUCCCCGCCCAUCAGUUACAACCUCAGGAAGAUUACCUAUUCCCACUUCCACAACUUUUACUCCAGCAACUGAACUACACACUUCCCCAACUCCAAGAACUGAGGAAAAAAUUUUCUCAACUCCUGUACCAGAUUGCCCUGAUGCGGAUCCACCUAGAAAGUUUAACGAAACAUGGAUGUUUAAUAAUUGCACUAAAGCAACAUGUGAAGGGAGCAACCGAAUUGUUGUGGUGCCACUCCGUCAAGCUGAGAAGAUAGUCUGUGCAAGUGGACUCGAACCAAAGAAAAUAGUGGAUAAAGAUGGUUGCAUAGAACGCUAUGAGUGUGAAUGUAUCUGUAAGGGCUGGGACCAUUACAACUUUAUGACUUUUGACGGCACUUCUUAUACUUUCCAUGGCAAUUGCACUUAUAUCUUGGUGAAAGAGAUUGUGAAUAAAUAUGGAAACCUCCGUAUUUUGCUUGACAAUGCCUUCUGUGAUAUAGCUGUUAAUCAAUCCUGUUCCAGAUCCCUAAUUAUAUAUUACAACUCUAUGGAAGUCCGACUAACUAGUGAAAUGCAUGAAGGAGUGAGAGUUAACAAGAUUUUUUUCGGCAAUGACUCUGUCCCGGAGGGCUUUGUCAAAGAUGGCAUUGUGGCUACUAGUAAUGGUGUUACUAUGACAAUUGAAAUGCCUGCCAUCAGUGGUUUUGUUUCCUUCAAUGGUUUCACCUUCUUUAUUAUGCUUUCACAUGAACUCUUUCAACACAACACAGAGGGACAGUGUGGGAGUUGUUCAAAUGACCAGUCAGAUGAUUGUCGCAAGCCCAAUGGACAGAAAGCUGACUCCUGCUCAGAAAUGGCUAUCUACUGGCAAGUGCCUGAUAUCAAUAAGCCCGACUGUCAGGUGGAGCCAACAAUACCUCCUAUAGUGAGCACAAUUGUGCCAACUACACCAGUGGAGACUACACCAACACCAACACCCUGCAGCUUUCCAUCACCUUUGUGCCAGCUGAUUAUAAGCGAUAUUUUUGCAGAGUGCCAUAAAGUUCUGUCUCCAAGACAAUUCUAUGACGACUGCCUCACUGAAACAUGUCAGGCUUCCAACGAUUCCUCGAGUUGCAUCUACAUUGACAUGUAUGCCUCUCUUUGUACUGCGAAUGGGGCUUGUGCCGACUGGAGGAGCAAGACCCAUGGGAAAUGUCCCUAUUAUUGCGCAAAAGACAAAGUGUAUGCUCCUUGUGCUCCUAUUCAUCCAGAAACCUGUGAAAAUGGAUUAACGCAUGAGAAUAACGACCAUGUUGCUGAACGAUGCGUUUGCCCAGAGGGCACAAUCUUGUUCAAUUCUUACACUGGCCUCUGUGUUCCAGAAUGUGGUUGUGUGGGACCAGAUGGAUUACCAAAACUGCCUGGUAGCAAAUGGAAGAGCAACUGUCAAGAGUGUUUGUGUGAUCCUUUGUCUAUAAGCGUACAGUGCAAGCCACAGAGCUGCUCAAAAACGACCCAGAGUUGUGAGGAGGAAGGAUACAUGCCCAUCUCUGUGCUAAAUUCAGAAGAUCCAUGCUGCCCCCAAAUAAAAUGCGUAUGCAACACCAGUCUGUGCUCCAAGGAAAAGAAGAUUUGUAAACCUGGAUAUCACGUAGCCUCAAUCUCUUAUGAUGACUGCUGUGGCACCAUUAAAUGUGAAAUAAGAGAACAUAUCUGUUUGGUUAAUGGAUCUGUUUAUGAGCCUGGGAUGAUUGUUCCUGGUAAAUCCUGUGAAACGUGCAUCUGUAGUUCUGUUAGGGACCUUGCUACCAAGAGAAAUGUUGUGGAAUGUAAGCCGGUUACCUGCAACACGGAUUGUCCCAUGGGUCAUGAGUAUCAAGUAAAACCUGGUGAAUGUUGUGGAAACUGCAUCCAAGUGGCUUGCAUCGUCACCAUUAAUGGUACUGCUGAGAUACUGGAGCCUGGGCAGACAAAAGCGAGUAAUUGUAAACAGUACAGAUGUGAACCAAGGAGCAAUAUACUAGUUUUGGUUGAGACUGAAGAAAAGUGCCCUUCCUUUGAUCCAGGAUGUAGUCCUGAUCAAAUUGAAUUGACUCCAGAUGGCUGUUGCAAGAUAUGCAAAGAGACACCAAAUUGCAAGCCAUACAAGAAUCAAACUCUAAUUCGUGAAAAUGAGUGUGUAUCUUCUGAAACUGUGGAACUGACCCACUGUGAAGGAACUUGUCCAAGCUCUUCAGUAUAUUCCCGAAAGGAAAAGGCAUUUCAUCAUAAUUGUGCAUGCUGCCAAGAGCAAAAGAGCCAUAGAAAAGAAGUAACCUUAACAUGUCCAAACGGCACAACCAUCAUUUAUGACUAUUUAUAUGUGGAUGAGUGUAAGUGCUUAACAGACGUAUGCCCCUCUGAAGCCCCACCCAGCUAGAAGAAGGAUAAGAAUUUUCAUUUUUCUUUGUUCAAGAUAAAUCCAACAAUCACACUGAAGAAAUCAGUCAUCAUCCAGUGCUAUUUUGGAUCUCUCCCUGUGUCCUUGAUUCUGAUAUUUUUCUGUUGGCCAGGUGCUUAAUCAAAUUAAUGUCCUCUUUCAUGUAAAAAAAAAAUUAUAUUCAUCCUGGUGAAGUGUUUUCAAAAUGAGAGCAUUCUCAUUGGACGUUUUUUCUCAUUGGAAAACCUUCCAAGUAUUCCUAACAUAAUGAUAGUAAUGUAUAACAUUUUAAUGUAGAAAACUAAAUUCCUAUACACUAUGUCCAUGCUUUUCUUGCUUUGCUGAUUUUGGGGGGGAGGGCAGGCACAAACUUCUGUAUAGCACCAAUGCACGUGCUAAACUUGCUUUCCUAUUCUGCUUUUUUGAGAUUAAUAAACUAUACUUAAAUAAG